AUGGCCGAGGAGGGCGUCAUCGAGACUUGGCUUCCAGACAUCGUCGUGCUCUCGGUAGCCCUUCCUCACUUCCCUCUCACGGCGACCGUACCCGACAAACUAAACGGACCGUUACUCGACCGCGCAAAGCAAACAAGACGUCUCGUUCGCACCCUCGACAUCGGCAUGUUCCGAGCGGCGCCAUGCCCUCGUCCCCACCUGAAGCAUCAACCCAAUGUGAGACUUGCGCAGGAUGUUGCUCAAGAACGAGAACGAACUCGACCCCCUGCCUUUUUCCCGAUCGAUCUCCCGUCCUCAUGUCGAAGAAAGAAUCACUCUAGAGCCGAGACGACGGAGGAGUAG